AUGUCUCGGAGGAAGAUCUCGUCCGAGUCCUUCAGCUCGCUGGGCUCCGACUACCUGGAGACCAGCCCCGAGGACGACGGGGAGUGCCCCCUGUCCAGGCUCUGCUGGAACGGCAGCCGGAGCCCGCCCGGGCCGCCCGAGCCCCGCGCGGCCGCCGCCGUCGCCCCGGCCCGGCCGCCGCCUCCUCCGCCGCCGCUCGCCGCCGCCGCCGCCGCCGCCGCCGCCGCCGCCACGGCCGGGGCCAGGAGGGCGCAGCGCCGGAGGCGGGUCAACCUGGACUCGCUGGGCGAGAGCAUCAGCCGCCUGACGGCGCCCUCGCCUCAAACGAUACAGCAGACUCUCAAGAGGACCCUGCAGUAUUAUGAGCACCAAGUUAUUGGUUACAGGGAUGCAGAAAGGAAUUUCCACAGUAUCUCCAACAGAUGGUCCUAUGCAGACCAUUCCAGCAAAGAGGAAGUCGAAGACGUCUCAGGAAUCCUUCAGUGCGCUGCUAACAUGCUCGGUUUGAAGUUUGAGGAAAUCCAAGAGAGAUUUGGCGAGGAGUUCUUCACUAUAUGCUUUGAUGAGAAUGAGCGAGUCCUUCGAGCUGUGGGCGGGACCUUGCAGGAUUUCUUUAACGGCUUUGACGCCUUGUUGGAACACAUUAGAACUUCUUUCGGAAAACAGGCCACGCUGGAGUCGCCGUCGUUCCUGUGCAGGGAGCUCCCCGACAGUGCCCUGAUGCUGCACUAUUUCCACCCCCACCACACCGUGGGGUUCGCGAUGCUGGGGAUGAUCAAGGCCGCAGCCAAGAAGAUCUACCGGCUGGACGUGGCCGUGGAGCGGGUGGCCGCUGAGAAGCUGGGCUCCGACGCUUCGACGCCCGGCAACUGCAGCUGUCUUACCUUCCUUAUCAAAGAACGGGAAAACACCAACGUCCCGAAGAACCUUCCCCAGGGUUCCUCCCACGUGCCCGCGGACCUCAGAAUCAGCAUCAGCACCUUCUGCAGAGCUUUCCCGUUCCACCUGAUGUUUGACCCGCACAUGUCCGUCCUCCAGCUGGGGGAAGGCCUGCGGAAACAGCUGCGGUGCGACACUCAUAAAAUGCUCCAGUUCCAGGACUGCUUCGAGAUCGUGUCCCCACGGGUGCAGGCCGCCUUCGACAGGGUCCUGCUGCGCCUGUCCACCCCCUUCGUGAUCAGAACCAAGCCCGAGGCUUGCGGCACUGAGAACAAAGAUAAGGUGAUGGAGGUCAAAGGACAGAUGAUCCACGUCCCGGAAUCCAACUCCAUCUUAUUCUUGGGCUCACCGUGCGUGGACAAGCUGGACGAGCUCAUGGGCCGGGGGCUGCAUCUCUCAGACAUCCCGAUCCAUGACGCCACCCGAGACGUCAUUCUGGUUGGCGAGCAGGCAAAGGCACAGGAUGGCUUGAAGAAGAGGAUGGAUAAAUUAAAGGCAACUUUGGAAAGAACUCACCAGGCCCUGGAAGAAGAAAAAAAGAAAACAGUCGACCUUCUAUAUUCUAUUUUCCCUGGUGACGUCGCCCAGCUCUUGUGGCAAGGACAGCAGGUGCAGGCCAGGAAGUUUGACGAUGUCACCAUGCUCUUCUCGGACAUUGUUGGCUUCACGGCCAUCUGUGCCCAGUGUACCCCCAUGCAGGUGAUCAGCAUGCUGAAUGAACUGUACACCAGGUUUGACCACCAGUGUGGAUUUUUGGAUAUUUAUAAGGUGGAAACAAUAGGUGAUGCCUACUGUGUUGCUGCAGGACUCCACAGGAAAAGCCUCUGCCACGCCAAGCCCAUCGCUCUGAUGGCCCUCAAGAUGAUGGAGCUUUCAGAAGAGGUGCUGACACCUGAUGGAAGACCAAUUCAGAUGAGGAUAGGCAUUCACUCGGGUUCUGUGCUCGCUGGAAUUGUUGGAGUGAGAAUGCCACGAUAUUGCCUGUUUGGAAAUAAUGUCACUCUGGCAAGCAAAUUCGAAUCAGGAAGUCACCCUCGGCGCAUCAAUGUCAGCCCCACCACUUACCAAUUAUUAAAACGGGAAGAAAGUUUCACAUUCAUCCCUCGGUCCCGUGAAGAGCUUCCAGAUAACUUUCCAAAGGAAAUCCCUGGGAUCUGCUAUUUCCUGGAGGUAAGGACUGGUCCUAAGCAGCCAAAGCCUUCUCUUUCCUCCUCGAGGAUAAAAAAAGUUUCCUACAACAUUGGCACCAUGUUCCUCCGGGAGACAAGCCUCUGAGACCUACUGCAGAUCAAAGACUCCUCCAAAAAGCACAAGCCCAGAACAUGGGUCAUGACGGGAGAGUAGAACAAGAUGGUUUCUCUUCCACUACUUGCCUGAGCGGAAUUUCUGUAUUGUGUUAGGCAAUAAUCCUAGAAAAAGGUGGAUAAGGACUAUCAGUUAAAAAAAAAAAAAAAAAAAAAAAAAGGAAGGGGGGUAAUGAGAUGUGUCCAUCCAUGUGAGUGUUUUUGGUCAUAUAUAUAUAUA